UGUAAAGUACUUCUUCUGUAGAUUUCAACAUCUUGCCGAUUUUGAAACAGAGCCAUCUGUCAUUUCAAAUCUAUCGAUAACUUAAGAAUACUCCCGAUUAACACUUGCCGCUCAGCUGUUUAUCCUGGCGCUCUUUCCCAUUUAUAUAGGUCUUAAAAAAUGUCCCAAGUCCCUAAUUUAGCCUUGACCGGCGCUAGUGUGCAGCUAAAACGGAAGAUCUUGAGCGCAGGGGAAUAUAACCGGAUCUGCCAGUUUAUAAACGGCUACCACGGAUUGGCUAUCGACUGUGAAUUCGAGUUGAGAACGCGCUUCUUCCCGGACGUGGAGCCUAUGGCCUUAUCUUGCAUCCUGCAAUCGGAGCUGUUCAUCAAGUCCCGGGGUAAUCACUGGAAGCAGGACCAGCGUGGCAAGAAGCUUCUCAAAAUCUACGAGGACCAGAAAAACCUUUACGACAACGCCCUGCUAAUCCGUAUGGCCUGCGUUGAAUGCCUAAAUCCAGUAGCUCUCUGCAGAAUGCUGUUGCAGGAAAAGUACAAACUGCGCCACCGUUCGCACAUCUCACGUUAUCUAAAACAUCCGCAUCUUAUCGACGAUUCCCGGUUGGCGGCAAAUGUUCAGCAGUGUAUGAUCAGCGACAAUCAAGAGGGUUCCAUUACUGAUCUACGGCGACGGAUAAUUGGCGAAGAAUAUGAACUAAAGCUCAAAACGCUGGCCAAAGAGGCGGGGAUCCAUUUCUACGACGAGCAGGAUUUGAGGCGAAUGGGUUAUGAUAAGACGCCGGACAUCAAAAUGAUCCUGCCAUUCCUUUUUAAGGGUUCAGUGAUCAACUGGAUCGAGAGCAAGGCCAAUUUCGGGGACACCAAGGGACACAAGUUCAACAUCCAACAGCAGCUUCAUAGCUACUGCAAUCGGUUUGGGCCUGGUAUUAUAAUCUAUUGGUUUGGCUACCACGAAGACACGAUUCUGCUGCCGGACAAUAAUAUUGGAAUUACUGUACUCGCUGAUUUUCCCCGAAAAGAAGAUUUGGUUUUCAUGCAGCUCGCGCAAGAAGAGUGUCCAUCUGAAACUCCAGGCAUAGAAGAAACCAGUUCUGUUAGUAAACUUUUAGAAGAAUCUAAAGAAGUACAAAGUCCAGCCAAAGAAUUAAUCAAACCAUUAUGAAAGUUUAUAUGUUUCAGAGAAAUAGAAAGCACAGGUAAUGUCAUUUCGUAUGUUAUAAUUUUUUUUUUUUACCAACUGGACGAUAUGUGUUUGUCUGAUCAAUGAUAAUUAGAAUACAUUUACGAAUAUAGCCCGAAAGCAAUCAAAUUAUAAUUUAGACCACUAUAUUAUUAUAUCACUACGUAUCUAAGGACAGUAAUGCUUUGCAUUUAAACUCUAGCGAUAAGACAAUGCUGAUGCAGCAAAACCAUUUCUCUUUUAGAUUUAACAAUAUUUCUCAUUUUAUUGUAUUUAAAAAUUCCGUUUUACAUGAUUUAUCCAAAUGUUUAUAGUACAAAAAGGUUUACUUUACUUACAUUUUUGGCAUAAAUCGCAUAUAAAACUUGUAAUAAAUAUUGUAAUAAUCGUUAUAUUCAUAAACAAACUUAAAAACGGAUCACUAGUAAUUAUCGUGACUCAAAUUUCUUGUCUUUCCGCGCUAAUAAAAAUCAAAACAAACGUA